GCGAUGGCGCGGCGGGGCACGGAGUUGUUCCCGGAGCUGGGCGCGCACUGCGACGAGGCCGACUGCAACCAGCUGGACUUCCUCCCCUUCGAGUGCGACGGGUGUGGCGGGUUCUUCUGCGCGGCGCACCGCACGUACCGGGGCCACGGCUGCGCCAAGGCCGCCGACCAGGGCCGCACCGUCGUCGUCUGCCCGGACUGCGGCGACGCCAUCGAGCGGGCGGCGCCGGGGCAGGCCGAGCGGGAGAUCCUCGACGAGCACGCGCGGCCGGGCCGCUGCGACCCGGCGAGGAAGCGCAAGCCGGCGUGCCCCGUGCGCCGCUGCAGGGAGGCGCUCACCUUCUCCAACACGAUCCGCUGCAAGGGGUGCGGCCUCGAGGUGUGCCUGAGGCACCGGUUCCCACGGGACCAUGCCUGCGCGGCGGCGGCCCUCGCCGUGGGGCAGUGCGGCCGCGACGCGCUGCAGAAGAAGGAAGGCGGCCGGCGGCCGCUAGCGGUGUCCGUCCGGAGCUUCAAGAUCUGUUGAGGCUUUGAUGUAGCUGUGGCGUGUUACA